AUGGACGCAUCGUCCAUUAUAACUCAAGUGUCACGGGAUGACGAACAAUUAAACAACUAUGGAUCCGACAGAGGAACGACGCCAAGCGGCCAGCAUAAUGAUGGAGAUGGUACCCAAGUUUCGGGGUCCACGCCUCUGGGCAGUAAGAAAUCGAGUGGCAGCGGAGGGUUCUUGCGAUCCCUUUUGUGUUGUUGGAGAGGCGGCAGAGGCAAGGGACCUCCUGGAAGUAAUGGCGCGAACAGUAUCGAUGGUCGGGCUUCACCUCCGUUGCUGGUCAUGUCGGACCAUGCACCCCGGCCAUUGUUACCUCCAGUGAGACAUCAGGAUAUGCAUAAAAAGUGUAUGGUCAUUGAUUUGGAUGAAACUUUAGUUCACAGUUCUUUUAAGCCGAUCAACAACGCGGACUUCGUGGUGCCCGUAGAGAUAGACGGGGCCGUACACCAGGUGUACGUGCUCAAGCGGCCGCACGUCGACGAGUUCCUCCGGCGCUGCGGCGAGCUUUACGAGUGCGUGCUGUUCACCGCGUCGCUGGCGAAGUACGCGGACCCAGUGGCCGACCUGCUGGACAGAUGGGGCGUUUUCCGGGCGCGUCUGUUCCGCGACAGCUGCGUGUUCCACCGGGGGAACUACGUGAAGGACCUGAACAGCCUGGGCCGCGAUCUGAGGCGGGUCGUCAUCGUGGACAACUCGCCCGCCUCCUACAUUUUCCAUCCGGAUAACGCUGUUCCAGUCGCCUCCUGGUUCGACGACAUGACCGACUCGGAGCUGCUCGACCUGAUACCGUUCUUCGAGAAGCUGAGCAAGGUGGACAGCGUGUACACGGUGCUGCGCAACUCCAACCACCCGUACAACCCGGCGCAGGGCAGCCCGCCGCCCGCA